AUGGCCCCCGUCGCCAUUGCGAACUCCGCCUUCCCGGCCGGUGUCCUCGCCGCCAAGACCGCCCUCAACGGUAGCGCGACCCCAUACUCGACGACCUCGACGGCUGUCUCCGAAGCCGGCGAUAAGAGCCCCAAGCUCUCCAGCACGCCCCGCGCCGAGCCUGCCUCGCUUGCUGACGGUGUGACCCUCGUCCCUGGGGCGCCAGGUUAUGUCGAGCAGCUCGUGGCCGCCAACGCCGCCCUUCCUUCGACUGCUCCCGGCGCGACCGUCUACGCCUCGGGCCUCGAGGUCCUUGAGGCACUGGCGGUGCAGAACUCGUCUGCUGUUUGGGUUUACGACGACGCCGUGCAGGUCGGCUUUGGGAGCCGCCUCGCUGCCUGGGACGCUCAGGAGCUCACCCAGGUUGCAGGCAAGGUGCACCCCGUCGAGACGCGUGAGGGUGCUGGCCUCGAGAUUGCCGGGUAUCUGAACAAGGCCCCUGCGGGCAAGAUCUCAGUGUUCGCGUCGGCCACCACUCUGCCAUACCUCGCUUCCAACCUCGCCAAGAUCGACGGCGACGUCGUCAUUCACGUUGCCACGACCGCUACCGGCGCUGACCUCGAGCUCACUGAUGCUCUCGCCGAGGCUGGUGUCCUCAAGGCGCUCACUCAGUUGCCCGAGGAGUGGGACGUCAUCUUCUCGGCUGGUGCCGAUGUCAUUGCCACAGGGGCGCACCUGUACGGCCAGCAGGGCAAGGUAGUCCACGUAAUCGAGUCGACGUACGCUGCCCGCGAGGUUCAGUCGUACAAGUUCCCCUCGGCCGGUGCGUUCGACGAGUUUGUUGUUCUCGGUGACAACGCCGACGUUCACCUCGCCGUUGCUUCGCACGCUGCAUCGGCCCUGGUCGGUGCCAAGGUCGUCCUCAACACCCUCACUCCCUCGCCCGACAAACUCGCUGCCGCGCUCCUGAGCAAGGCUACCGUCACUGUCACUGGCGCUACCCUCUCGGACGCCGAGGCUCUCAAGGCCGUUGUCCUCGCCUCGCUAUACUCUGCGGCCACCUCGAGCUCGGCCAAGCUCCCCGCCAUCAAGGUCGCCGUGACCCCCUUGGCUGCUGCCGCCGUCGCCGACGAGAGCGCCAAGAUUGUCUCGUUCUUCACCGCCCCCAAGGCUCCCCUCCCCACCGUCCUCGCCCACCUCUUCUUCGCUUCGCCCACCCUCACCACCACCCUCGCGCAGUACGGCGCCGUCACCGUCACCGGCACCAAGUCGGUGCUCGCGCUCUCGCAGGGCGCCGCUGUGCCGCUCACCCCCAACACCCCCUCGGACCUCAUCUGGGUACAGGACAACGGUGUCUUCAAGGGCACCGACAUCUUGGCCACCGCCAAGGACGGCGCGACUGUCGUUCUUGAGCUCCCUUGGACUGAGGACGACCUCCAGUCCAAGCUCUCGGCCGCUGAGAUCCAGACGAUCCAGGACAAGAAGCUCCGUGUCUUCCUCCUCGACCUCGAGCCCGGGUGCCCGCUCAACGUCAUCCGCGAGCAGGUUGCUUUCCUCCUCCUCUACACCAGCUCGAAGCGCCUCCCCAAGGGCGUUUGGCAGGUCCUCGAUGCGUACCACUCUGGCCAGCUCGGCCGCGACCAGGUCGAGGACGCCCAGGCUUCGCUCUUCGAGAUCUCGCCCGACGUCCUCUCUGCCCUCGAGGUCGACCCCGAGAAGCUGAGCAAGACCAAGGAGGCAUGGACUUGGGACGCCGUUGCUGGCGAGUCUGUCAUCCUCGAGGCCGAGGCUACGCCCCAGCUCUCAUCGUGGGAGCUUGCUGCGCGCCACCUCCUCUUCCGCGAGGCAUACGCUGUGUCCAACUCGGGUGCCAAGAUCACUGACGCGGACGAGGUUUCGACUGGCGUCACGGCGCUCACGCCCGAGCUUGACGAGGAGACUUUCCUCGUCACUGUCAGCGAGAACCGCCGCCUCACCCCUCUCACCUAUGACCGUCACAUCUUCCACCUCGAGCUCGACACCAAGGACACCGGGCUCAAGUACGAGAUUGGCGAGGCUAUCGGCAUCCACGGCUGGAACAACGCCCAGGAGGUUCAGGAGUUCAUUGAGUGGUACGGGCUCGACGCCGAGGCGGUCGUCUCGGUCCCCCACCCCGAGAAGAAGGGUGUGCAGACGACACGCACCGUCUUCCAGCUCCUCCAGCAGAACCUCGACCUGUUCGGCCAGCCCGGCAAGUCGUUCUACGCCGACCUGUCCAAGGUUGCGACCGAGCACAAGGAGGCCAUGAAGCUCAAGUUCAUCUCGGUGCCCGAGGGUGCCGAGCUGUUCAACCGCAUGGCUGAGAACGAGACCGUCAACUUUGCCGACGUCCUCCGCGAGUUCCCUUCAGCUCACCCCUCGAUCGAGGAGCUCAUGACCAUUAUCCCAGAGAUUAAGCCGCGUCACUACUCGAUCGCAUCGGCCCAGGCCGUCGUCGGCGACAAGGUCGAGCUCCUCAUCGUCACUGUCGACUGGGUCGACACCAACGGCCGCACCCGCUUCGGCCAGUGCACGCGCUACCUUGUCGACCUGGCCGUCGGUGCCAAGGUCACGGUCUCGAUCAAGCCUUCCGUCAUGAAGCUUCCUCCCCUCCCCACUCAGCCCCUCAUCAUGGCUGGUCUCGGUACUGGUGCGGCUCCCUUCCGCGCCUUUGCCCAGAUGCGCGCACACCAGAUGUCGGAGGGCAUCGAGGUCUCGACUGAGAGCUCGUACUUCUUCGGCUCGCGCCACAGGUCCGAGGAGUACCUCUACGGCGAGGAGCUCGAGGCGUGGCGUGACGCUGGUGUUAUCGGUAACCUUGGCCUGGCGUUCUCGCGUGACCAGAAGCACAAGAUCUACAUCCAGCACCGUAUCAAGGAGCAUGGCCGUACACUCGCCAAGCAGCUGCUGGCCCAGGACGAGAAGGACAAGGGAUACUUCUAUCUGUGUGGACCGACUUGGCCCGUCCCCGACAUCUUCAACGCCCUCUCCGAGGCGCUGGUUGAGGAAGGGAACAUGACGCGCGAGGAGGCAGAGCAGUACCUUGAGGACCUCAAGGAGUCGGAGCGCUACGUGCUCGAGGUGUACUAA